AAAAGAAAAUUUUUCAUUGUUUUGAUUGAGAAAAAAAUGAUUCAUUAAGAAAAUUUAUUCCUUUGUUAAUUAAUUUGUUUUCUAUUCUUUUUUGUUUUUAUUUGUUCAAUUUUUUCUAUUGUUUUUUUAGAAUUUUUUUGGGGUUUUUAAGUGAUAUGUUGGAGAUUUACAGGACUACUUCGAUCCUUAAAAACUAUCCCUUGGACAUUGAGUGUAUGCACGCUUAUGGUGAUCAUCUACUUGUCGGAACCAAACAGGGUAACCUAUUGUUGUUUAAGUUAAUUCUUAAGCCUACUAAAGAGUUAAAGUUUGAUGUUCACCUGUUAAGAGCAAACAAAGCUUUCUCUAAGAAACCAAUCAUUCAGGUUGCUGGAGUUCCUGAAUUUCAUCUGAUCAUCAGUCUUUACGAUAAUCUGGUUAAUGUUCAUGAUCUAGAUAAAGUGGUCUCACCUUUGCUAACCAGUCUCCAUAAGACUAAAGGAGCAACACUUUUUGUCUUAAAUGUACUCAAAUGUCAAACCCUAACUGGUGAUAUUCAAUACACUUUGAGAAUGUGUGUCGUUGUCAAGAGGAAAUUGAUGUUUUUUUAUUGGAAAAAUGAUAAAUUCUUGGAAUUGGCUCCAGAUAUUAAUGUUCCUGAUACACCAAAAGCAAUUGCCUGGUGUUCAGAGUCACUAUGUGUUGGCUUUCGUAAUGAAUACUGUAUGAUCUCAGUUUCUGGUGAAAAAACUGAACUUUUUCCCUUAGGAAAAUAUCCUGAACCUUUACUAACCUCCUUAGAGGGUGAUCGUUUUGCCGUUGGAAUUGAUGAGAAAACAUUUUUCCUCGAACAAGAUGCAAAAUCAAUCCUCAAAUGUCCCGUUAUCUGGUCUGAUUGUCCACUUGGAUUAGUUGAAGAUUCUCCCUACCUGAUAGCUCUUUUACCAAAUAAUGUUGUCGAGAUUAGAACAGCUCAACCUCGUUUAUCCAUUCAGCGAAUCGAUGAACUGACCAGCGGAGCAACGGGAAAACUCAAACAUCUUAUCCGUUGUGUGGACAAGAAAGGAAUCCUUUUUGUCUGCUCGAACAAAGAUUUAUACUGUUUAGUUGCUCGACCCAUUGAUCAACAAACAUCACAACUAAUCCAAAGUAAAGAGUUCGACCUCGCCAAGCAAUUAGUCAACAUAUCGCCCGAUUUUGAAUCAGAUGCACCGGAAUCAAUUAAACGAAAAGAAAUGAUCAUUGGUCAGAUUGAAAAUCUUCAAGCAUUUGAUUAUUUCUGUAAAAAGGAGUUCGUUAAAGCAAUGGAUCUAUUUCUUAAACUCGAAACUCAUCCAUCUCUUGUGAUUGGAUUUUUUCCAGGAUUUUUACCGGAAGAUUUUCGCAAUGAACUUGAAUAUCCCCAUGAACCACCAGUCUUUAAAGGAGCCGAUAUUGAAGCUGGAAUUUUUGCCCUAAUUGAUUAUCUAUUAGAAGUUAGGAAAAAACUUCAAAAACUUAGUGAAGAAAGUGAGACCAUAUCAUCAAUUUCCAGUUAUACUAACAAUGUUAAUAAAUCAAACAAUCAAUCAGCUAAUUGUGAAUCAUCAUCAGUAAAUUCAUCUCCAUCUUUUAAACAGUAUCUCAAAUCUCGUGAUAAAUUGUUGGAAAUUGUUGAUACAACUUUACUCAAAUGUUAUUUACAAACAAAUGAUGGUUUGGUCUCUUCAUUGGUCCGUUUACCUGAUAAUCAUUGUCACCUACAAGAAAGUGAAACUUGGCUAAAAAGAUAUCACAAAUAUGGCGAUUUAAUUAUUUUUUAUCAAACCCGAGGUUUACAUAGGAAAGCAUUAGAUUUACUAUUUAUCCAAGCUAAACAACCAAAUUCAUCGUUACCUGGUCACGAAAGGACAAUUCAGUAUCUUCAGCAUCUUGGUGAAUCUAAUUUGUCUCUUAUUUUUGAAUAUGCUGAAUGGGUAUUGAAAGAUCAUCCAUUGGACGGAUUACGUAUUUUCAGUGAAGAUAUUGCAGAAACGGAAACACUUCCUCGUGACGCUGUUCUUGAAUAUUUACAAAAAAUUUGCCCUGAACUUAUAAUCCCUUACCUGGAACAUAUAAUAUCAAUUUGGAAGGAUAGAACACCAACAUUUCAUAAUAUUCUUGCAAACAAAUACCGAGAAAAGGUUAAAUUUUUACGUGAAGAAUAUAUAGUUUCCCUUCCAGAGGGACAGUUACCUUUACCUGCUGGUCAAGAACCUGGUGAUCUUGGAUUGAUUAGGAAAAAAUUGCUCACUUUUCUUGAAACUUCAGACUUUUACUCAACUGAAACUCUAUCAAUAUUUUUACUUAACGAUGAACUUUGGGAAGAACGAGCCAUAGUUUCCGGUAAAAUGGGUCACCAUAAAGAUGCUCUGUCCAUCUAUGCUCUUUACUUAAGAGAUUAUAAUAAAGCGGAACAAUAUUGUAUCAAAGUCUACAGCAAAGAUAAUCCCAACAAUAGAGAUGUAUUUCUUAUAUUAUUGAAUCUUUAUGUGAACCAACCUUCGGAAUCAUCGGUAACCACUUCAACCUCAUCAAUAUCUUCCUGGCAUCAUGAGAUUACCGAUGAAAAUUAUCAAGAAAAUAUCAUUGAAGCUCUGAGAUUAUUGAAAAUCCAUGCAACCAAAAUUGAUCCAAUUCGUGCUCUUCUCAGCCUUCCUUCAACCAUAAACAUUAUAUCAAUUAAAUCUUUCCUCGAAACCGUUACUAUGCACUUAAUUAAGGAUCGUCACGAUGGCCUUAUGUACCGUAAUCUAUUGUUAUCACAACAUUUGGCCGUCCAACAAGCAAGACUUAAAUUACACCAAGAGUACAAAAUUAUCGUUGAAGAUUCAGAUAAAUGUAAAGAAUGUCAAAAACGUAUUGGAACUAGUGCCUUUCUACGUUAUCCUAAUGGUGACCUGGUCCAUUAUUCUUGUAAAGAUCGUCGAGCUCUAUGAAAACUUUUUCAUUCUCACUACUCUCAAUGGGAAACAUUUCAUCACAUGAUUUAUGGUUAAUGAUUAUCAUCAAUUUUUCAACUGCAUCUUCAUCCAUCCUAUGUAAAUGUCUAUCAUCAUCAGCUCAUCUCCAUCUUUGUCAUCCAAUCAUCAAUAUUAUCAUCGUUACCAUCAUCAUCUCUUUUUUUGACUCAAAGCCAAAGUAAAUCUAACAGAGGAAACGGAAAUUAAGACCAGCAACACAACAAGACAAUCAUCAAUGAUUAAGUAAUUAUCAAUAACUUUCCAAGUUAAUAGGACACAAAAACAUUGAGAUAUUGUUGGAUUACUGAUUUUAACUUCACUCACUUGCAUGAUCAACAAUCAACAUUGAUAUUCACUGAUUUCUUGUUGAUUACUAACAAUCAAUGCUAAUUAACUAAUUCCUCUUUCUAUUUUCCCAAUCAAAUUGAUCAUCUUCCUCAGCUAGAAUCUUUCUUGUACUCUUUGUUUUCUAGUCCUAAGGGCAUCUUGUUGAUUAUCAUGCUACCUGAACAAAUUCAAUUCUAAUUGUCUAUAUUUUAGUGAUUCUAAUUAUCGAUUGCUUAUCAAUUAAUUAUUAUUGACUUUUGAUCAAUUCUCUUGUAUUUUGUUUUUUUUUGAUACCAUUGAGAUGGUGAUAUAAUUUUGCUCAAUUGAUCCAAUCAAUUUAACUAAUUAUACUAAUUAUCUUUCGUUUGAUUAACUGCUACAAUGUUAAAUUGUGAUAGAACCAAAUUAACCUCAAGUCACAACUAAUCCUUUACACUUAAUUGUUUUGCUAAUAUUUUGAUUAUUAUUAUUGUUGAAUUUUCAUUGCUAUGAAACAAUUGUGAUUUUUUGCAAAUCGUCUCCUAAUCAAAUGUAAUUAACUUCACAAAUUAUAUAUUACUAAUUAAAUCAUCAUUUGAAAAUGAAAAUACACCAACAAUAAA